AUGAGUUUUGUCAAGAACUGCUUGAUUUUUCUUAAAAUUAAAUUUAGUAAGAGUAAAUGCUAAAGAUAAAUAUCUCAUAAAUUAAUGUAAUAAUUAUAAUCUAAUCAAGAAAUAGCUCAAACAGAGAGAUAAUGCUAUGUGAAAUUACCGUCGAUUGCUUAAUGCAGAUAAUCGAUUAAGAGCAUAAUGUCGGAGGCAGAAUUGAUAUCGAAAUCUGUAAGUUGUGAAAUGAUAUAUUAAAGUCAGUUAAUAAUAACACUCGAUGUGUGAAAGUUAAGGGAGAACGGAUAUUAAGAAAGGAACUGAAGAUUCAUUCUUCAAUUAUUGAAUUCAAACAGAACUUUAAAAAUAUGAUAACGAAUUCUAAAUAUGGAUUGUAAUAUAUGAAAAGAAAGGUUUUCCCUAAACUAUAACCACUUUGA